AUGGCGGCUCCCCUCCUCGUACCGCCCGUCUACUACGAGCAGUUCCAAGACACCCCCGCCCCGUCCUAUUCCACGCUUCCGCUGACAGAUGAGGAGACGAUAGAGUACAACCCGCGUCCCGGAUCUCCGACUAUUCCCCAAGGAUCCUACUCCAGGCAAUGGGGGCGCACCACGCUAAUUCUACACGACCAGGACGAGUCCGCAGCAAUGCCAUCAUAUGGCCGCAACGCUAUAAUCAACGGCGAGGUCGGCUUGGGGGACAACGAAAACAUACUCUCCGUAGCAUUGAAGCUGGAGGGACGACUGCAUUUAUCAAUAUCAGAUGGUGGCCGCAAUAAUACCACCCUUGUAUCAGUGCAUCAUACGUUGUGGAAGACUGAUAAUCCAGCAGGGAAGACGUGUCCAUCGUCCAUGCCAUUCAGCAUCCGCUUCCCCUCCUCAUAUCAUGAUGGGGAACGCAGUCGCCGGUUGCCUCCGUCAUACGAGGUUACAUACCACGGCAUCCCUGCGAUAGUCGCCAAGUGUAGCUAUUCCCUGAGCCUGAUGGUCACCCGAAUACGCCAUAAGCGUGUUUCUUUCUGGACUUCGUGCAAAACACGCACUGUUGGACUCAACCACCGGCCACGGAGUCGUCCACAUCGUCCAGUACUCCCCAUCAAUUCGCUCUUUUCAACAAUCAAACGACUUCCUGAAGAAUGGCGCCAAAUAGUAACAGAGAUGGGCACGCGCCCCGGCUCCACAAUUAGCCCAAUAACAUGCCAUUUCUUCAUCCCGUCGGUCCAGACAUUCGGACUUUCAGAUACCAUACCCUUCCAUAUCCAAUUGACUGGGCCGCUUGAAUCACUGCAUACAUUCAUACCGCCGAACUCUGCCGAACUCUCCCCAAUAUCUUCUGGCUCCAAGACAUCAUUUAAGAACCCCAACAGUCAUCUACUGCAUCGCCCCGCAAUACGUGUCUCGCUAGCGAGACAGGUCCUUGUGGAGGUGCACGAGCGGAAAUCAUGGCGAAGCAGUACGCUUGGCGAGGGAUCAGUGUGGCCUGUACCCCCGAGUGCCCCAGUCAGUCUAGACUCGGAUUCGCAUGAGGUGACGAUAGAUUGGUCGGGAGAAGUCAGAUGCGGUGAAGAUAUCACAUCAGGUGGCUUUAGCACAGGCGGUUUGGUGAUCAAGGACUUUAUUGUGUUCGCACUAACCCCUUCCAAUCCACGAACAUCAUCAUUGCUUGAGAUACAACACGCACAUCCCAUCAAGUUUGUUACGGAUCCUUGGAUAGACCUCGUUCAUCCAUUGGACAGAUGA